GCCGAGGGGCGGGACCUGCCAGUUGAGGGGCAGGGCCGUGAGCAGAGCUUGGAUUGAACAUUCUGCAGCCCUGGUGCCCACUCCCAGCGCCUGCCUCCCGAGCCCGUGGCAAUCGUGCGCUCCCCUUCAUCAUGCGGUGGCCGGGCAGCCAGGCGCUUCGGCACUUCUCCACCGGUCAGGUUUAUUUCAAAAACAAGCUGAAGUUGGCGCUUAUUGGCCAGAGCCUCUUCGGAAAGGAAGUCUACAGCCACCUCCAGAAAGAGGGUCACCGAGUAGUGGGGGUGUUCACAGUUCCAGACAAGGAUGGGAAGGCUGACCCUCUAGCUUUGGCUGCAGAGAAAGAUGGGACCCCUGUGUUCAAGUUCCCUAGAUGGAGAGUCAAGGGUAAAACCAUCAAGGAGGUAGCGGAAGCCUACCAGUCAGUGGGCGCCGAGCUCAACGUGCUCCCCUUCUGCACACAGUUCAUCCCCAUGGAUGUCAUUGACAGCCCAAAGCAUGGCUCCAUCAUCUACCACCCUUCCCUCCUUCCCAGGCACAGGGGCGCUUCUGCCAUCAACUGGACCCUGAUCUCGGGAGAUCAGCAAGCUGGGUUUUCUGUUUUCUGGGCAGAUGAUGGUUUAGAUACAGGACCUAUCCUUCUUCAGAGAGCAUGCGACGUCAAACCCAAUGACACAGUGGAUGCCCUUUAUAACCGGUUCCUUUUUCCCGAGGGAAUCAAGGCCAUGGUAGAAGCUGUGCAACUCAUAGCUGAUGGAAAAGCUCCUCGCGUUCCCCAGCCAGAAGAGGGGGCGACAUACGAAGGGAUCCAGAGGAAGGAAAAUGCCAAGAUUUCUUGGGACCAGCCUGCUGAAGUUUUGCAUAACUGGAUUCGAGGUCAUGAUAAGGUCCCUGGAGCCUGGGCAGAGAUAAAUGGACAGAUGGUGACCUUCUACGGUUCAUCGUUAUUAACUAGCUCCGUGCCUGCUGGAGAGCCAUUGGACAUUAGAGGAUCCGAGAAGCCUGGCCUUGUUACCAAAAAUGGACUGGUUCUUUUUGGUAACGAUGGAAAAGCACUGGUGGUGAAAAACCUGCAGUUUGAAGAUGGGAAGAUGAUUCCUGCCUCCCAGUACUUCUCGUCGGGUGAGACCUCGGCGGUAGAACUCACAGCAGAGGAGGUGAAGGUGGCAGAGACCAUUAAGGUUAUCUGGGCUCGAAUUCUAAGCAACGUCCCUGUGAUUGAUGACUCCACAGACUUCUUUAAAUCUGGAGCCAGCUCAAUGGAUGUUGUGAGGCUGGUGGAAGAGGUCAGACAGAAGUGUGGUGGCCUUCAACUGCAGAACGAAGACGUCUACAUGGCCACCAAGUUUGAGGAUUUCAUCCAGAAGGUCGUGCGGAAACUGAGAGGAGAGGAUGAAGAGGUGGAGCUGGUGGUGGAUUACGUCUCCAAGGAGGUCAACGAAAUGACCGUGAACAUGCCAUAUCAGUGUUUCAUAAACGGGCAGUUUGUGGAUGCCGAGGAUGGGGAGACUUACGACACCGUGAACCCCACAGAUGGAUCUACGAUCUGCAGAGUGUCCUACGCCUCUUUAGCGGAUGUGGACAAAGCGGUGGCUGCAGCCAAAGACGCCUUUGAAAAUGGUGAAUGGGGAAGGAUGAAUGCCAGAGAAAGAGGAAGGCUGAUGUACAGACUCGCUGAUCUGAUGGAAGAAAACCAAGAGGAGCUGGCGACCAUAGAAGCACUAGAUUCCGGGGCCAUCUACACCCUAGCUCUGAAGACUCACAUCGGAAUGUCUGUGCAGACAUUCAGAUACUUCGCAGGCUGGUGUGACAAAAUUCAGGGCUCUACAAUCCCAAUCAACCAGGCCCGUCCAAAUCACAACCUAACCUUCACCAAGAAGGAGCCACUUGGCGCCUGCGCCAUCAUCAUCCCCUGGAACUACCCACUGAUGAUGCUGGCCUGGAAGAGCGCAGCAUGCCUGGCGGCGGGCAACACCCUGGUCCUCAAGCCGGCACAGGUCACGCCCUUGACAGCCCUGAAGUUUGCAGAGCUGACAGUGAGAGCUGGGUUUCCAAAGGGGGUCAUCAACAUUGUGCCGGGCUCAGGGGGAGUCGCAGGACAGCGGCUGUCUCAGCACCCGGACAUCCGCAAGCUUGGCUUCACCGGCUCCACGUCUGUGGGCAAACAGAUCAUGAGCAGCUGUGCUGUGAGCAACCUGAAGAAAGUCUCCCUGGAGCUGGGCGGCAAAUCCCCACUUAUAAUAUUCAAUGACUGUGAACUUGACAAGGCCGUGAGGAUGGGCAUGGGUGCAGUGUUUUUCAAUAAAGGAGAGAAUUGCAUUGCGGCGGGACGGCUGUUUGUGGAAGAGUCCAUCCACGACGAAUUCGUAACCAGGGUGGUGGAAGAGAUUAAAAAGAUGAAGAUUGGUGAUCCGCUGGACAGAUCUACGGACCACGGGCCCCAAAACCACAAAGCCCAUCUAGAAAAGCUGCUGCAGUACUGUGAAACUGGGGUGAAGGAAGGGGCCACCCUGGUAUACGGAGGACGACAGGUGCAGCGGUCAGGGAGAAAAUGGUGGUCCAUGGAGACGGGAGUCCUUAGACCAAGGCACUGGCAGCUGGAGAGGGAUAAGGCAUCUACUGCACUGCUGCUCUUGCACAAGACCUGGGUUGACUCCCAGCACCUACACGGGAGCUCACAGCUGUAACUCCAGUUCCAGAGGACUUCUGAUCUCCGUGGGCACCGAGCAAGAGCACAGUGUGCACGCAUGCAGGCGAACACAUAAUUUUUAAAAAAAAAAAAAACACCAUUUUUAUUUUAUAUGUAUGUGUGUGGAGCCUGUAUGUGGGCCUGUGUAUCACAUGCUUGCUUGGUUAUGUGUGUGUUGAGCCUGUAUGUGGGUCUGUGUAGCACAUGCUUGCUUGGUGUCUGUGACAGUCAGGAGAGGGUCUGUACCUCCGGGGACUGCAGUUCCAGGUACCACGUGGGGCUGGGAAUCAAACCCGGGUCUUCUGGAAGAGCAAGUGCUCUUCACCACUGAGCCAUCUUACCAUGCCCAAGGGAUUUUUUUUUUAAAGGAAUAUAUGAUAUAGAAAAAGAAAUGACACCUUAACAAAGCAACGUCAAAUUAAAAAUGCUAAGAUAUUCAACAAUAGAGCCAGGUAGGGUGGCAUACAACUUAACUCCAGCACUUGAAAACCUGAGGCAGGAUGGAGGUUCAAGACAUGUCAGUGGGGAAAAAACAACAACUCAAAAGUGCUGAACUAUGAAUAUAUAUUAAAUACAUACUCUCCUCUUACAUCCUUGAGCUUUCCACAAUAGUCAUGUAAAAAAUGAGCAUCCAGGAAGGCUCCUGCUACACAGAAGACGGUUCUCUUCUUUAGAUAAGCCUGGGGUGGGGGCUGGACUACCUCAGUAAACUGGGGAUGAAACGACCUCGCCUGUGGCUGAUGCGUCUAU